GUGACCGUGUAACUAUGGUCGCUACAGUCUCUGGCAUUUUGGGCGAUACCAAUCAAAGAUAGAGGCUGCAACAAACAUUCCAUAAUGGAGCAACUUAGGCAUUUAUGGUAUAUUCUGAUUAAAAUGUGAAUUUGCAUGCAUAACCAGCUAUGAAGCGCAAAAGCGAGAGGAGGCGACCGGAGUCGAGAAAAAGGCUGUGUGCUGCGAAGAGAGAAGAGGCGGAGCCGCGGACAGACAUUUAUAUCGCUAUAACAGAUCAGCUGUAUUUCGCCAUUCUUCAGCAGAAGGUUAAGAGCACAGCUGAUAGACAUUGCUUCUGCAUAGAUGAAGAAUUAUCAUAUGAGAAUUUCUAUGCAGACUUUGGCCCUCUUAACCUGGCGAUGUUUUAUCGCUUCUGUUGCAAACUCUCCAAGAAGUUAAAGAUGUUUGCACAUACAAAGAAGAAAAUCGUGUUCUACACUUGUGGUGAUAAAAAGAAGCAAGCUAAUGCAGCAUAUCUGAUUGGUUCAUAUGCUGUGAUGCAUUUGCAAAAGACACCAGAGGAAGCAUAUAGCCUACUAGUCUCCAGAAAUGCCACUUACCUUCCCUUCCGAGAUGCCUCAUUUGGGACGUGUAUGUACAAUCUCAACAUUCUUGACUGUUUACGUGCAGUUCACAAGGCUUUGCACUUUGGCUGGCUAGAUUUCUCCCAGUUUGAUGUCGAUGAAUAUGAGCAUUAUGAGAAAGCUGAAAAUGGAGAUUUUAAUUGGAUUAUUCCUGGAAAAUUUCUGGCCUUCAGCGGUCCUCAUCCAAAGAGUAAGAUUGAGAAUGGCUAUCCUCUCCAUGCCCCGGAGGCGUAUGUACCAUACUUCAGGAAACACAACAUCACUACAGUGGUCAGACUCAACAAAAAAAUGUAUGAUGCCAAGCGCUUCACGGACAUGGGCUUCGAACACCAUGACUUGUUCUUUGUGGAUGGAAGCACACCCAAUGACGCCAUUGUCACAAAGUUCAUGAACAUAUGCGAGAAUGCAGAGGGUGGCAUAGCCGUGCAUUGCAAAGCCGGACUUGGUCGAACCGGGACUCUCAUUGCCUGCUACAUGAUGAAGCACUUCAAGCUGACUGCUGCUGAAGCUAUUGCCUGGAUCAGGAUCUGCAGACCAGGCUCUGUAAUUGGACCUCAGCAAAAUUUUAUAGAGGAUAAACAAGACAGCCUUUGGACGGAAGGUGAUCUGUAUCGGGAGAAAACGAAUGAGCAGGAAAAUGGCUCAAGCAAGACUGCGGUCACCGGCAUUCUCUCGGGCGUAGAUGACAUUUCCAUCAAUGGUUCCAACAAGAACAGGACAUCAAGGAAAAUAGUCCCUCAAAUGUAUGAGGAGGAAGAGGAGCAUGGGGGUAUCACACAAGGCGACAAGCUACGAGCGCUGAAAAGCAAGAGGCAGGCCAGGGCAUCCACAGGCUCUUUAUCGCUUAUUCUGCAGUCAAGUCCACAAGGUUGCAAAUCUGUAAAAUCCCCCAACAGAACUGAGAGCACAGAAGUAAGGAAAAGGAACAGAACCUCUUUAGAUUCCAGUCAAACUGGCAGUGUGCUGAUACAUGCGAGACUUGCAAAGUCUUUAGGUAAUUUGCAUGUAGCGGCAUCUGAAAAGGACCUUGUGUACUCUGAAGUCAGUUCCUAUAGCCCCAUAGCUACAUGUACUGCAAUCAAUCAGUUGAACUUAAACGCCAUCACCCCUGUCAACAACCACCAGCAAGGGCCUCAGAGGCCAACUCCAGCCAUUUCCUCCACAUCCUGAGACUGCUCCAUUCAUCAAUCCAUACCCAAAGCCAGAGCACCUCUUCUACGAUAAACUGGUGUCUGGAGAUUAAACCAAUAACAGCGCUGUUGGAAAGAAAUGUGUCAACCAACAUUUCUCUUUUAUUCUUUUGUUAUUGUUAUUGUUGUUGGGGGUCGUUCUUCUGUGUCUGAUAAAGUUUGGUUUUUUGGGGUUUUUUUUGAGUUAGCAAGCUUACUACAUGCUGCUAAUGAUAAAGGGAUGUGUUGGAAAACGAAAUUGGGAAAUGUUUUAUGCAAACUAAAACACUUCACUGUAAAAAAAAAAAAAAAAGUCUAAAUCAAAAGUAGCAGUGAAAGGCCAGUUCUGAAGGAAUACCUUAUUUUUUAAUCUUUGAUUAUAUCAUGAGAGAGAAGUAGAUCAAAACUAUUACUUAAUGUUGCCUUCUCAUUAACAUACUGUUCCUAGUGAUUUCAGUGUAUGGCUAAUAAAGUUCUGUAUCCUAUCCAGUAACUGUAAAAUUUUGUUCUCAUGUGAAGCUUAUGUCGAUGCCUUUUUGCCUUCAAUAGCUUAAAUGUGUAAAUAGGUUCACAUUUGAUAAACCUAUGAGGUCUAAUGUAAUUUUUACUUGUAAAUAUUUUAUACCCUUGUUUUGAUUAAUCAUGCAUUCAGAUAAUACUGUUCACAGUGAUUCAUUUAUUUUUUAUCAUGUACUAAAUGUUUGUUUGUUUGAGUUUUAUU